UUGAUAUUUAUGAGAAAAAGCAAAAGUGCCUUGAAAAGUGGCUUUAAAAGUUAUUCAUUGGUGCAAUCGGUUAUUCAAUCACAAUGAAAAAUAUAUACGCAGUCUUGAUACUCAUUGUUUUAACACCAAAUACAACGAAGUGUUUAGAGAAUGGGUUGGCAAGAACGCCACCAAUGGGUUGGCUUUCAUGGGAACGUUUUCGUUGUAAUACAGACUGCGAAGGUGACCCGGAAAAUUGUAUUAGUGAAAAUCUGUUCCAAACUAUGACGGAUCUAUUGAUUUCCGAAGGUUAUGCUGAUGUGGGGUAUGAGUUCAUCAACGUAGACGACUGCUGGUUAGAGAAAGCUCGCGGAUCACGUGGUGAACUAAUUCCGGAUAGAAAAAGGUUCCCACGGGGCAUGAAAUCAUUAGGACAAUACGUGAGUUUGAUUUCCAAAAAACCAACAAACAUAUAUUAUAUUAUGGUCGAAUUAAAAUAAUGGUAUACCCCCUCU